AUGUACACACCCAUCACUCUUCUCGCUGCCUCCGCCGGCCUCGCCACAGCAGCAACAUCCUACAAGGCUUCCUUCACCCAAUACGGGUCCACAGACACAUGGGGCUCCGGAAACUGUAAUUUUGCAACCACUGCCUGUGGUUUCUACACCUCUCCCGGCUACUCAGCCGCAGUAUCCCAAAACGAGUUCGGUGUUGGCACAGGUGCUGGCGCCGGCCCAGCCUGCGGAACCUGCUGGAAACUGACCGCCUCUACCGACUCCUCUGGCAACAAAAAGACCUUUGGCGGUCCCAUCGUGGUUCAAGUCACAAACCUGUGUCCUGCAGAGAGUAACCCUCUGUGUGCUCAGAACGGUCUGAGUGACACAAACCAAUACGGCGCCAACCUCAACUUUGAUCUGUGCAUUGAUUCGGGGGCUAGUGCUGCGUUGUUUGGCAGCAGUGGUGUUGGGUUGGCCGUGGGUAAUGCAGAGCAGGUUGAUUGUGGACAGUGGAGUGGCAAGGUUGUUCACUAA